AAACUCACGAUCACUUCACCGGGGUUUCUGUUUCUAGUUUUUGUUUGUUUGUUUGUUGUUUCGAAAUUAACAAAAAAAAAAAAGAAAAAGAAAUGGUGUACUUUAUAAUAGCCAAAGUACUAGAACGAAAUAUUUUAGAUUGCUCACACUUCACUUCUCUUUAGAGUUCUUAAAAAACAAAAUUAGAUGUAUUUUUUCUUUCUAAAAGAUUGCUUACUUUAUAUGUAUGAUUAUUCUUUGAACCCGCUUUAGAUUUUAGACUCAAUCCAUGAAAAAACAUUACAAUAAAUCAGAUUUAAAAUUAAAUCGAUAUAUUACAUUUUAGAAUUGCCAAGACAAACUACAAGUCUAGAAUCAAUGAAUCCCUAUCCAGCUCUAAUUAUUAGUCUGAUGAUUUUCCUAAAAUGCUACAAACGACACAGAGGUCCUUUAAUAUUCUCCCAGAAACAAAUCGGGAAAUAUGUCGAUUCAAGUUCUCGAACCACCUUUACUUUUGACCCGUGUUCUUCAUCCCCACUUCAAUUCCUCACUGUUUUUAUGAUUUUCUUCUCAAGAAUUUCAAUUCCUUUGGUCGAUUUCUUGGUGUGCCCUUGAUUUUCACUUCACCAUGGUGGCAAUAUGUCAGCAGUGCGGUGACAUAGGAUAUGCUAAUGCUUUUGUGUACUGUGUCAAGUGUCUGGAUUCUGCGUUGCAUCGCUAUUGUUUGGAUAUAUUGCCAGCAACUUUUGAUGAGUUUGUCUAUUGGUUUUGUGAGGACUGCAAACCAGAGGUGGCAAAGCAAUUUCCUCUCGAGAAACCUAGUCCUUACCCUUCCAAGAAAAGGGAUCGUGUAAGUUCAAAAGGUGAUCAAGUGACCGGUUCAAAAAUAAAAUUGAAGAAAAAAGAUAUUCCUUGCUUGGUAGCUGAGACAAAGGAGCAGAGAUGUCAAAGUAGCCCCUCUGAGCAACCUCAAGAGGCACAUGAAAAGCUUGACUUCGAGUGUGCCCAUCCAGCUGAUGAUUGUUCUCUGUUGAAAAUAAAACAGAAGAAGAAAAGUGACAGUACUUGCCCAGUGGCUGCAACAGAGUUGCAGAGACAUCAAAGAAGCCCUAACCAACAACGUCUUGAGUCACCUACAAAGCAUGACUUGACUGAGUGUGCUCAGUUGGUGGGUGAUCGUCAGCUGAAAACAAAGUUGAAGAAGAAGGAUGAAAAAGGCAUUACUUGCUCAGUAGCUGCAACAGAGUUGCAGAGACAUCAAAGUAGCCCCUCCCAACAACGUCUUGCGUCACCUACAAUACCUGACUUGACCGAUCGUGCUCAGUUGGUGGGUGAUCGUCAGCUGAAAACAAAGUUGAAGAAGAAUAAUAUUGAAAAAGGCAUUACUUGCUCAGUAGCUGGGACAGAAGAGCAAAGGCAUCAAAACAGUUCCUCCCAGAAAUCUUGUGAGGGACAUAGAAAGCUUGAUUUUAAUGAAUGUGCUGGCUCAGUAGCUGCAACAGAGUUGCAGAGACAUCAAAGUAGCCCCACCCAACAAUGUCUUGGGUCACCGACAAUGUCUGACUUUACUGCACAUGCUCACUUUGUGGGUGAUCGUCUGAAAAUAAAGUUUAAGAAGAAGAAGAAUGAAAAAGGCAUUACUUGCUCAGUAGCUGGGACAGAAGAGCAGAAGCAUCAAAGCAGUUCCUCCCAGAAAUCUUGUGAGGGACAUAGAAAUCUUGAUUUUAAUGAAUGUGCUGAGUUGGCAGGUGAUUGUUCUCUCCUCGAAAUAAAAUUGAGGUGGAAGAAAGAGGAUGUUACUCCCUCGGUAGCCGAGACAGCGGAACAGAAGCCUCAAAGUAGCCAACCUCAGCACUCUUAUGGAGCACAUAGAGAGCUGGAGGAAGGGAGCAGACUUGAUGAAGAGGUUGGCUGUGUUAGAAUUGAUGCAUCUCAAACAUCCGCUGGUCAUUUUUCUAAUACUUUCGAACACAACUAUCAUCUCCUUGCCCAACCAAUCAUCGAUCCAAUUUGGAGGGGAAGUUUUAAUAUCUGCAAUACGAAGUAUGGCAUAUUUGGCGGAGUUGUAGCUCAUUUGUCAAGCAAAGCAUGCCCGAGAGCGUACGAAGAAGCUAGUUUCUUACCCACGUUGCUUUGCACGGAAAUGCUUCCCAAGUUUAAUGUGUGGCCAAAGAGUUUUCAGAGAUCAGAACCGUGUGAUGACAACAUCGCCCUAUAUUUUUUUCCCCAAAACAAAACAUAUGAGAGCUUUUUUGACAGCUUGGUUGAUGACAUGGUGGGCGGAGAAUUUGCCAUGAGAGUCAUGGUAAAAAAUGCCGAGCUCUUGGUUUUCACUUCUGAUAUGCUGCCUUUGCGGUACUGGAAAUUCCAGGGAAAGUAUUAUUUGUGGGGGGUAUUCAAGGGAAAGCAUGCUUCCUCUACCCAUCAAGUGAAUUAUGAUCUUAUGGCUCAAAAUAGCAACAAAGCAUGUGAUGUGCAUUCAAAUUCAGCUCAUGUUUUGGGCAAUGACAGAGAGAGGACCUGUGAAGACAAGAAUUGGGAUGCACUGAGUCCUCCAUGCGCUUUGAGCAAAUGUGAUAGUUAUUGUCCCGAGCUUUCAGGUGAACAUGAGCAAGAUAUGGAACUGGGAUAUGAAGAUUGAUACCGGCAAAGCAGGUUUUUGUGAAUAGGACAACAUAUACAAAUCCGAAGAGCAAUCCCCCAGAUUAUAAAAAGAAAAGGAAUGAGUCUCCUGGGAAUUUACUUUGACCAAUUCUAUGGGGGGUGAUAAAUGUUACAAUAGAUGCAGUAGUAAAUAUAGGCUUGUCCUCAAUGUGGUGUAUAUUUCUCCCCCUCCAUAUGUCUGUGAAGAGAGGGGGGUUGAUGCAGUUUUAGGACGGCGGCGUUAGUAGUCAUACAAGCAUUGUCUAUUCAUGUUUAUAACAUGGUUUUUGUAUGAAGUUGUCUAAGCUAAUCUUAUCGAAGAAUAGUGUAACUCUUAUUUUGGACAUUUUUAAAGCUAUCUUUUGUAGUAUAGGUGGGUUGUCAAAGCAAUCACAACUGUGGAAGCUGUAGGAACAGCUUUUCACUGCAACAUAAAUUUCUUGCUGUUGUUGUGGGCAGCCCAAUUGAGAAAAUCAUUAUAGCA